AAAUGAACUUACUCGAUUGACUACUUGAUAAAGGUCCAUUCAUCAUUUCUUCUGGUCAGCUCAAGACUCUCAAAAUUCACCACGAGCUUUAUUUGUGAGAGGGACUGAUCUUUUGUACCAAUUUCUUAAGUUCUAAUAGUAGUACCUUUUGUAAGGUUGGGCUACUGGAAGUUCUGUUAGACUCUUAGGAUAGUAAAAGGAAAUUAUGAAUGAUCCACCCCAAAAUGAUUAUAUAUUUUCCUCUUCUACCGUUUUAGAGUAUGAAUCUUUCAUGGAAAGUGGGUUAUCCUAGUUGCAAAAGAUGCUUAAAAGUUACAACCUACAAGGAUCUAUUUUUCAGUGAACAAAGGAUUAUUUUCACUUAUCAUACUGGCCAUAAAAGUUUUGUCGUUGUUUAAUCUAUGCUCUCAGUGCUCAUUUUUGUUCAGUUAGAAAAAGAAUUCCUCCCUCAGAUGGCUCAAAGAAUGCUUGGUAUAUCAAAUACGAAAGGAUAUCAUAAAUUACUGACAUGUCAAGGUUCGCUAUUUCCUGGUGCCAGCAAUAGGAAGGGUAAUGAUACAUGUAUUUGUUGUUUGUUGAACAGUGGCAGUACACAGAAAAAAGCAGGAGCAGAAGCAGCAGGCUAGCUAACUAGCUAAGAGAGUUCAAAGCUAAUCGAGUCCAGAAAGAUGAGUAGUAGGUGUGGUAGAACUGCAAAUGCGAGACAGUACAUUAGAUCCAAAGUCCCAAGAUUGAGAUGGACUCCUGAGCUUCAUCACUCCUUUGUUCUUGCCAUUCAAACACUUGGUGGCCAUCAAAAAGCUGCGCCUAAGCUUGUUCUACAGCUGAUGGAUGCCAAGGGACUCACCAUUUCACACGUAAAGAGCCAUCUCCAGAUGUAUAGGAGUGUGAGGGCUGAUAUGGGAAGACAAGAUCUAAAUUCUUCAACCCUUAAAAGAAAGCCUAGUAUCUUCGAGGACGAGGAGGAAGACGAAGACGACUGGUGCGUAGAAGAAGAAAACGCGAGGGAUUUGGGCGAAGUAGCAAAGGGAGGCGAUCAAGAACAGCUCAAAUUUCAGCGUCAAAAAGCGCAAAAAUCUGGAGCUGGGGCGAGGAACAAAUAAUAUAUAGGAACAGUUUGAAUCGAUACUAUUCUUAUGAUUGCCAAGGAGAUAGAGAGGGAAUGGAGCAUCCAAAGAUAAAGAUGAUGCCUAAUUCUAAAUCAGACCGCGUUGCAGUGAACGAAUCUGCUACUGUUAAACAAGAGGGACA